UAUCCUUUUGUUGUUCAACAUCAAAAGUGCUUUUUGUAUGACAAAGUUUAUGUGUGAAGAAAAUAGCAGCUUAGAUAAAUUGGAAAAAAUUCCAAAUGAUGUCGAUGGAGCAGUCUGUGGUUGUCAAUCAGAAGCCUUCUGUGAGAAAUCUCUGGGACCAGCCAUCGAUAUCAGGAUUGUUACGCCGCCAAAAGGUAUGGACUGUGAACCUGGCACUGUCUACUGCUGCUUCUCUGAUCAACAUCAGUGUGGUGUACGAAGCAACAAUCUCACUUCACCACCCGUCUCAGACGGACAGGCUAAAUUUGGUGAUUUCCCCUGGCAAGCCUUGAUAGUUAAUCUGGAUAGUAAUUAUGUCGGCAGUGGAGCAAUCAUUGACGCCUUUCAUAUUGUAACAGUUGCUCACAAAGUGGCUACUUACAACAGUGAAGAGCUAGUUGUGAGAGUGGGGGACUGGGAUGUACAGUCCGAGAGAGAACCUCUCCCAUACCAAGACACGAGAGUGACUACAGUAAGAGUACACCCUCAGUACGAUCGCUCCACUCUGGCCAACGACAUUGCAGUGUUGACUCUAGCCCAGGGACUGAGGCUCUACCCUGACGUGCCUCAUGUCAAUAGCAUCUGCCUCCCUCUGCCCACAACGGAGUUCACUGAGGAAUGGUGCUGGGUGAGUGGAUGGGGCAAGGAUGCUUGGGGAAUGGUUGGCCGCUUCCAGAGUGUACAGAAGGCUGUGGACGUGGGUGUCGUGAGUGGAGCAGAGUGUGAGGCUCGACUGAGACACACUCGGCUUGGCAGACACUACAAAUUGGACGACCACAGCUUCCUGUGUGCCGGGGGAGAGAAGAAUAAGGACGCUUGUACUGGUGACGGGGGAGCGCCGCUAGUAUGUGAGGGACCCGUAGGACACUGGACGUUGGCAGGACUGGUGGCAUGGGGUGUUGGUUGUGCUCAACCUAACAUACCCGGUGUCUAUGUCAACAUCCCCUCCAUGGUUCCAUGGAUAGUACAAACAGUGCAGUCACUACGCAGCAACGCUUCUGCUCUCAGCUUUCUAUUGUAAUUGAUGGUGUUCAAUACAAAUUUGUUUUUUGAGAAGUGUUUUGAUUUUUGUUUAGAAUAUUUGAUACUUUGAUUUACCCAUUGAUCAAUUGUUACUAUAGUUUUAACCGUUAUAUAAUUUGUACAAUACGCCUACUUGUAAUUUUCAACAUAUAAGCUACAGGCUAACUGUACCAUUUUUACAGCUACAGGGCUACAGGGCUUUUAUAUAAGCUGCAGGGUCUUUGUUCUUCAGA